AUGGUACCAGAGAUCCUGGACACAUCUCUGAUGGUACUGUACCUGAAGGUCAGCUGGAAAGAUCCCAACGAGAAGAAUGGAGUCCUCACAGGCUACCGUAUAUCGUGGGAGGAGUUUAACCGGACCAACACCCGGGUCACCCACUACCUCGCUAACCUGACCCAGGAGUACCGGGUCACCGGGCUGACCGCCCUCACCACCUACACCAUCCAGGUGGCUGGGAUGACCUCCAAGGGACAGGGUCAACUCUCUUCUUCUACAAUAUCAUCUGGAGUUCCCCCAGAGAUGCCGGGCCCACCAACCAACAUAGCCAUCUCCAACAUCGGCCCCCGCUCUGUAGCCCUGCAGUUUAAACCUGGCUUUGACGGCAAGACGUCCAUCUCACGCUGGCAGGUUGAGGCACAGAUUGGUAUAAUCGGGGAGAAUGAGGAGUGGGUGAUGGUCCACCAGUUGCCCAACGAGCCUGAUGCCCGCUCCCUGGAGGUCCUGGACCUGAACCCCUACACCUCCUAUAG